AUGAUGGAGUCACCGUUGCCGUGGUGGCUCUUUGGUACGGCGGGUCUGAUCGCAACGACACUUACGGUCGGUGCUGCGGCACGGCUCACGCGAACCGGAGGGUCGACGCUGUACUGGAAGCCACAUUUCCUGCACCCGAGGACGGACACCGAGUGGCGCGACGAGUUCGAUGUCUACCAUGACUUCUGUGCUCGCUCUCAACGCACCCCAAUGACGCUCGAGGAGUUCAAGCACAACUACAAGUGGGAAUCGGCUCAUCGUACGCUUGGUCAAUUGACAGCGCUCUCGUUCGUGGGGCCACUCGCGUACUUUGUCAUGAAAGGCAAGAUUCCGAUUCCCGCUCAAGCUCCUCUGGCGCUUGUCGCUGGCCUGGGGGCCACCCAGCUAUAUAUCGGCCGGGAAAUGGUGGCGCACAACGUCAAGCCUAGACGCAAGAAAGGUGGGCACGACCAAGACCCAACGUUUGAGGGGGCCACUUUCUUCCUGCCAGUCCAUUCGGCGUUGUCGCUAGCGAACUUCUCGCUCUUAGUGUGGACCGGGCUGGGAAUCGUUUCACCUGUAUCGAGAGCCAUCACCGUGCGUGGGCUCAUGACGCCCGGCGUGCUGACAGAGAUGAGCGAGGUUCGCAAGCACUUUGUGGCCUUGACGGGGCUUGUGGCCGGCACGAUCUUCGCGGGCUCGCUCGUGGCGGAGAUCGACGGCGGACGCGAGUUCCAAACGUUCCCCAAGAUGGGCAACCGCUGGAUCCCGCACGGCCUCUUCGAGCAUAAACCGCUGCUUCGCAACUUUCACGACAACGUGGCGCUCGUCCAACUCGACCACCGCCUGCUGGCGCUGACCACGCUGGCAGCGUACACGACGGUGUUCCUCAAGGCGCGGAAGCCCAACGUCUGGACGAACCUCCCGGAGGACGCCAAGCGCGCGAUGAUGUUGGCUUUCGCAGCUGCGGGUGGCCAGGUGGUCAUGGGCGCGACGAUGCUGGUGAACGAGGUCCCGACGCCACUGGCGAUGGUGCACCAGGGCGGAGCGGCGCUGGUGCUCGGCUCGUCGCUGUGGGUGGUGCACUCGCUUCGGUUCGCGCGGCCCGGCGGCCUGCUGGGCGCUGCCGUCGCCACCGCAGCGUCCAAGGUCGUCUGA